AUGGAGAUGUGCAGGUUGCAUCCGAAUCUACAGUUUGCUCAAGAAGAUGGCUGGCUUUCUUCAUUCUAUUCAUGUCUGAUAAAAAAAUACGAUAAAGCAAGUAUUGUGGAAGAAAAAUUCAAUGAACUCGAAAAAGAAUACACAUCAAAUCAAUCCUUGAGUUGUACACUAAAAAACAACACAGAUCUUUUAGCAUGUAAAGCUGAAUAA